AAGAAAUGCGAAUAAUGUGACGAUAUACUCGCAUAAAUUCUGGUCUUCACACUUGCUCCCAAUCAAUCUCACCAUUCUCUCCAAAAUCUUUUCAUCUGAUUUCUCUCUCGCAAACAUAAACAAGUGAAAUAAGAAACAAUGGAGCUUUUCAAUGAGAGAUUAACGGCAAUAAGAACGAUGUUGUGUAUGCUACUAAUGAUCCAAUUAAGUCUUAUGGCUCUAAUGGUUAAAGGAGAGGUUUACAAGGUUGGUGAUUCUACUGGUUGGGUGGCUAAUACUAACUCCAAUUACUCAAAUUGGGCAUCUUCUAAGAUCUUUCGUGUUCAUGACAUUCUUAUGUUUGAGUAUAACGCAACCAACGACAAUGUAAUACGGGUGACCCAUUCAGACUUCCGUUCGUGCAACACAUCUGCUCCAAUCAAAACGUUCAACUCAGGCAACGACUCAUUCACAAUCAAAGCACACGGCCAUUACUACUUCACUUCUGGAUUUCCUGGUCACUGUGUGACCGGUCAAAAGCUUGAUGUUAGGGUUCUAAAAUCAUCUCAUGUUGCCGCCACCCCACCACCAAAGCCAACCACAAGUCUAAGUCCUAGCCCAAACCCCUCUAACUCAACAAUGUCACCCAUGGAGUCAAAGGCAAUGGCGCCUAGCCCGGUGGACAAUGCCGUCGCAUCACACGAGCCCAAGUGGUUGCUUAUGAGCACUAUUGGUGUGGCCAUAAGUGGUUUUGUGGUUUUGGUUUGUAGUUAA